UGUACAAGCCAUUCUCUUGUUAAAGGUAAAUAAAGCGAAGCGUGAAUUCUCUAGUUUCUCACGGCCGGCCGGCACCGAGCGAUCAUAAAUUCUUCUCAACUGCUGCAACCGAAAAGUAAAAUUACAGCAAACGGACAUUUCUCCUUUCAUGAGCGUGCACUCUUCUGUCCUCUACCCGUGCGGCCAAGAGUGAGCUUUUGAGUGAGUGAGGCAGUCUCAGCCUCUCUGCCGCGGCCGGCGCCUCUUCAUGGACCCUUCAAUAAUGAAGCUCCUCGAAGAAGACGAGGACGAAACUAUGCAUUCCGGUGCUGACGUCGAGGCGUUUCAGGCUGCACUGAAUCGAGAUAUUGGAGGCGAUGCGUCCACUCCUCAGCCGUCUGACUCCUCAGUUUUUUCCCAUGAAAUCAAUCAAACUCCCAAUCAAUCAUUUUCAAAUUGGCAAACUACCACACAAGGUGAAAAUGCCAGUGGUGCAAGCCAGCAACAACAGGAGAAAGAUCAGCACUCAUCUUUAAUGGGACCAAAGCAUCUUAGUUCUGCUGCUGAAAAUCAGCAAGUACAUAAUGAUGUCAUGCAGGAAUCCAGUCAGCUCCUAUUACAUCAGAAACGACCCCAAGAUGAUGUUCAAAAAGCGCAGGCAGAACAAGUUCCCCUUCCAAAUCCUCGAACACCCGGGAUGCAGAUUUCUGAAAGAAAUCCUAUGCCACUUUCUGAACGUGAUAAAAUACAAAAUCCAGACACUGAAUCUCAAUACUUGAAAGUUAACAUGGUUAAUCAGCAGAAUCAACAGGCCAUGGGCAUGGAGCAACCUGGUAAUGCCAAGAAUCAAGGCAAGCAGAUACCUUUUGUGUUAUUGUUGCCUGCCUUAAAGCCCCAUCUUGACAAAGACAGAGAGAUGCAACUUCAGACUCUGUUUAAUAAACUGAGGAAAAAUGAAAUUGCGAAAGAACAAUUUGUCAGGCUUAUGAGAAAUAUUGUAGGGGACCAGGUGCUAAGGUUGGCAGUAGCAAAAUUACAGUCACAGCCAGGUUCCAACCAAUCCCACUUACAAUCUCAAGCUUUUGCACGCCAACACAAUGUGAGAACAUCUGUUGGUUCUACUGCCUCUUCAGCAGGCACAGUGCAAGCUGAUCCUAGCUUCUUAUCUGCAGAAAAUAAUAAUCAGAAAUCUCGCGAGGUGGAACAUCAGCCAGAUUCUCAUGGAAUACAAGCAAGUCAAAUGCCUUCCUCCAGUGCUAUAGUCAAUCAAGAUAGGGAGAGGUCUUCAAUUUCUGUGCCGGGACAUAGCAAGCAGGAGCAACAUAUGCGUUUUCAACAGACUGCCUUUCCAGUGUAUGGAAGUAAUAGUGCUACUUAUCAGCCAUAUGCUGGAACAAACGCCAACACUUCAGGGUCAUCCAUGAAGCCGCAACCUCAUGAUUUACAAAUGAGGCAAAUUUCACAUCAAUCUGUGGGUGCAACUCAAAUGGGAGGUUCAACCCAGGCAAUAAACAUGUUGAGUGUUCCAAAAUUUGAGAGGCAAAAUCCUGUUGCUGAUCCCAACAGAUUGCAGAGUGGUCCUAUUUCCCCGUAUACAAACAAAUCACUAUUGCAACAAAGUUCAGUUCCGUGGAAAGCACCAAUGACUAAAGGGCAAAGUUCUGGCCCUUCAUCAACAAAUUAUGUAAAACAAGAACCAUUUGAACAGGCUAUUGAGCAGCAGCAGAAAUCUCAGUUGUCUAACUCUCAGGGUUUGCCUGUCACACCUGCUGAACAGGGGAAGUCAGUGCCAGGAAAUUUGAAGGAUGAGUCUUUAGAAAAGCAGUCUUCAAAAGUUGGUUGCUCUGCACCUAUUGGUAUGGCGCCCUCAAAUUCAGUUCCUCCUUCCAUUUCAACUCAACUGGACCCAAAUGUUCAGGUAGGCUCUAGGAUCCCAUCUGUAGCUGCUUCUGCUGGAAUUCCUGCAAGAACACCUCCAAAGAAACCUUUGAUUGGCCAAAAAAAACCACUUGAAGCACUUGGUUCUUCUUCACCUAUGUCAAGUAAGAAGCAAAAAGUGUCUGGGGCCUUUUCAGAUCAAAGCAUUGAACAACUCAAUGAUGUCACUGCUGUCAGUGGAGUUAAUCUAAGGGAAGAGGAAGAGCAGCUAUUCUCUGGGUCCAAGGAGGAAAGUCGAGUUUCAGAAGCAUCUCGGAGAGUUGUACAAGAAGAAGAAGAAAGGUUGAUUCUGCAGAAAAUUCCACUGCAGAAAAAAUUGGCAGAGAUCAUGGCUAAGUGUGGUUUGAAGAAUAUCAACAAUGAUGUGGAGCGAUGCUUAUCUUUGUGUGUGGAGGAAAGAAUGUGUGGACUAAUAAGUAACCUGAUCCGGCUGUCCAAGCAGCGGGUGGAUGCUGAGAAGCCUAGACACUGGACCGUAAUCACCUCAGAUGUUCGACAGCAAAUCAUGGCGAUGAACCAGAAAGCUAAGGAAGAAUGGGAGAAAAAGCAGGCUGAAGCAGAAAAGCUUCAAAAAGUUAAUGAACCUGAGGGGGACGAUGGAGUUGAAGGUGAUAAGGAGAAAGACGAAGGUCGUAUGAAAUCAAUGAAGGCAAACAAAGAGGAAGAUGACAAAAUGAGGACAACGGCUGCAAAUGUUGCUGCUCGAGCUGCUGUUGGUGGGGACGACAUGCUGUCGAAAUGGCAACUCAUGGCUGAGCAAGCACGCCAGAAACGUGAAGGUGGGACAGAGGCAACAUCCGGUUCCCAACUAUCUAAAGAUGUUAGCCGCAAGUCAACCUCUGGAAGAAAUAUGAAGGAUAAUCAAGAACCAGAAAAAAGGAGCCCUGCAUCUGCAUCAAGAGCUGUUAGGAAAAUUGGAAGGCACCAAGCAAGUGCGCCGCAAAUAAGGGUUGCCCGCACUAUUACUCUUAAGGAUGUAAUUGCGGCGCUGGAAAGAGAACCCCAGAUGUCCAAGUCUACUCUGAUUUAUCGAUUGUAUGAGAGAAUCCGGUCUGAUGCCUCAACUGAAUGAUACAAGAUUGAACCUCAAAAUAGAGUUCCGUUUUUCAUUUUUAUUUCUAAUACAGUAUCUUGAGUGAUAAUAUUAUAUCCUAGUCAGAAUUUUGUUGUCCUAA